AUGAAUUGGAAUUUCGCCCCCUUUUCUCUUCCCUUCCCUUCAUCACAAGGAAUUCCUUGGAGCUGGGACCCGGACUCCAACUCGAGUUGGACGCGUCACCGUCACAAAUUCCAUGAUGAAGACCGUCGUUUCGCCCUCGUCGUGCCCGCUACUUCUCCAAGCCCCGAUCUCUGCAAAACGGUCGUCACCGCGCUCGCGCUCGGCUACCCGAGUCCCGUCAUUAUUAACUGGGGGAUUGACCACCGACUCAUUUCGCACUGGAAUGGAGGCCACAAUUUACCCAAAAUUCCCGGCAUUGUGCAUUAUCUCGAUGCAGUCAUGCACCCAGAUGCACACCCGUCUGAGAGAUUGAGUGAGGAUGAUAUCGUACUCCUCGUCGACGGUCACGAUGUUUGGUUUCAAUUGCCCGCGCAGAUUAUGCUCGAACGAUAUCACAAGAUUAAUAAAGAGGCCAAUGAGAGAUUGCGCAAGCAGUGGGACAAGAAAGGGAAAAUGCCGAUGCAGCAGACUAUCCUUGUGGCCACUGGAAAAAAGUGCUAUUCUGGUCUGGCGGAUAAGGGCAUCAACAUUCAAUGCGAAAAGUGGCCCGAGAGCCCAGAGCGAAAGGAUCUUUACGGCCCUGAUACCGAGAAGGAUAGAGAGCAUUGGCAGACGAAUAGGCCGCGAUGGAUCAACGGAGGUGUCUACAUUGGCCCCGCCGGUGAUUUGCGGCGCUUGUUCCGUCGGUCCUUGUUUACAAUGGAGUCGGGCAUCGGACAGGGAAUCAAGAUGCACAGUGAGCAAGCUCUUACAGGCGAAGUCGUGGUUGAACAAGAGAUCUUCCGAAAAUUCCAGAGAGACAAGGGAAGGCCCAGACGUGGCAUGAGAGAUAUGCUGGAUAACAAACUCGAGUAUCACAUCGGUCUUGACUACGGUCAACAGAUAUCGAUGCAGACUCAGUGGACGCAAGAUGAUGAGGGUCGGGAUCACGGUGCUUUUGUCACGCUGGGUGAUCAGGCACUCAUCGAUGAACACUCUGCUGCCUUGGGUAUCUCACCAACGCGACUGAAAGGCCUACCCGAGGAUAUAAAAAACGCAGAGAACCCACUGGAACUCAUCCAGCCAGACGCAGACUGGAACAACAUGUCUCUCUACGCCGACUUCUUCCUCGAAACCGUCCCCGUUAUCCUCCACCACAACGGCAUGCACGGAUUGAAGAGGCGCCGCUCAACAUGGUGGGACAAACCAUGGUACUACCACCACUUACGAGCCCUUCUUAAAAUACAAAUUCAAAAGAAGGGUGAACCUGAAGAACCUCUUGCGACGGUAAAGUUGGACAACGGGAGGGUUAGGUACUGGGGGGUUUCGGCGGAGUAUGAGAGUAGAUAUCCGAGACAGAUGAACGAUACCGCGUGGGGGAGGUUGGAUAAGAUGAAGUUUGGGGAUAUUUGUAGACAUACCAAGCGUGCGCCAAAGGGGCCGAAUCAGGAGUGGUGGGAGGAGGUUUUUCGUGAUACUGAGGGGCCGUGGGGACACUGAGUAUAUUGUCCAUAUGUGUGCUAAGGCUUGAAGUAAUUAUUGUCUUGAUUAG